GGAGGAUUGAAUAACAACCUGUAGAUUUCUUUUUUUAGAAUUAAAGUUACUACAUGCUAUUGUAGAUGCAUUUAAUUACAAUAUUUUAAUAUGAAAAGUGUAUUACAAUAAAUUGAUUUAACUUGAAUAAACGCUUUCAAGAACUAGAACAAAAUAUAAGAUGAAUAAACGUAUUUAAUCAUUCAAUAUUGUAUGGUGCGUAUUUAAUCACUCAAUAAAGUAUAAAGUAUUAUGAAGAGAACAGUUUUAAUAAUAAGAAAAUAGCUUAUGCAUCAAAAUAUUUAGAACCAAAAUAAAAGAAAAGAGUCAACAACAGUAACUUAUGAUAUUUGGAACACUAACAAGUUCGAUAAUAUUUUAGAGAAUUAUGAAUAUGAUUUGCCAAUACAAAUACCAAUACCAAAACUUUAAAAUAUGAUGUAUAGAUUGAAUUUAUUUUAGGAGCAUCUUAUCAGAUAGAAUGAAUGAUGAGUAAGAAUCAUCCAUAAUAAUGAAGGUUUAGAAUGAGAACCAAUAAUAAGAAGUUAAUAUAGAUGAAAACAACAAGGAACCAUUCAUUUAAAUUUAAGAUUAGCCAUAAAAAGCUGAUGAUCCUUGUUCUUAAACAAUUGAACAAAGAAGUAGAAGAAUUCGUAAAAUAAAGUAAAACAGUACUUUUGGAAGAAACCAAAUGUAAAUGUUAAUUUUAGAAUCGGAUUUUGAUUCCUAAUCUAAUGAAAUCAAUAAUACACCGUGUAAAUGUACUAAGUCUAACUGUCUUAAACUAUAUUGCCAAUGUUUUCAUUCAAAUAAAUAAUGUACUGAACUAUGUAAAUGCAUCAAUUGCAAAAAUUGUGAUAAUUAUCUUUAAGUAAGAGAAAGAGCAUUAGAAAAAAUUAAAAUAAAGUCUUAACGAUAAAAACACGAUGAUGAUUUAUUUGAUCGAUCAAAAGUAUGGGGUUGUAAAUGUUAAAAAUCUCAAUGCUAAAAAAAUUAUUGUGAAUGUUAUAUUAGGAAUUAAAAAUGUUCAUCUAUCUGUAGAUGUAAGGAUUGUGCUAAUAAGAAAAGAAUACCAAUAUAAUUUAAAAAAAAAAAGAAAGUGGAAAGUGUUAGUAAUUGA